CUGAUCUUUUCUUACUAGUUUAUAAGUCUCCAACGAGACGUGAGAUCAUCCAAACAAUCCUCCAUUAAUUCCUGAAAUCCUCUCCUCUCCUCUCCUCUCCUCUCCUCAGACUCUCCCACUUCACCAAAGAAAAUGUCUAGCUACGGUGCAGCAGCCGAGGAAUCACCAUUAACGGAAUCCUCAAAACUCCUCCAGAUUAGAGAAAUCCCAGGUAGCUAUGGUCUCCCGUUCUUCGGACCCAUAGCAGAUCGUCUCGCCUACUUCUACACCCAAGGCCAAGACGAGUUCUUCAGGUCUCGAAUGCAAAACUACCAAUCCACAGUCUUCAGAGCCAACAUGCCACCUGGUCCCUUCCAGGCCUCUAACCCUAAUGUCAUCGUCCUCCUUGACGCCAAGUCCUUCCCCAUCCUCUUCGACGUCUCUAAGGUGGAGAAAAAAAACGUCUUCACCGGCACUUUCAUGCCCUCCACUGAUUACACCGGCGGUUAUCGUGUUUGUUCUUAUCUCGAUCCCUCCGAACCCAAACACGCCCUUCUCAAACGCUUCAUCUUCUCUACCCUCGCGUCUCGUCAUAAAUUAUUCAUUCCUGAGUUCCGUUCCUCAGUCUCCAAUGAUCUCUUCCCAGUUCUCGAAGAUCAGGUUUCCAAAAAAGGUAAAGCCGACUUCAACACUCUCAAUGAUACCAUGUCUUUCAGCUUCGUAUUUCGUUUGUUCUGUGAUAAAGAUCCAUCCGUUACCAAGAUCGGAUCAAAUGGACCCACAAUGCUUGCAAAGUGGCUCGUCUUCCAGCUUGCUCCAAUAAUUACAUUAGGUUUAACAAAAAAAUUUCCAAACUUUAUAGAAGAUGUGCUCUUCCACAUGUUCCCCCUCCCUCCUUUCCUUGUCAAAUCUGAUUACAAGAAACUCUACAACGCCUUCUCUGAAUAUGCAACUCAGAUACUUAAUGAAGCUGAAGGUAUGGGAAUCAAGAGAGACGAAGCAUGUCACAAUCUCGUCUUCCUUGCUGGGCUCAAUACGUUUGGAGGAAUGAAGACUUUGUUCCCAGCUUUAAUGAAGUGGGUCGGCUUAGCAGGAGAAAAGCUACACCAGGAACUCGCAGAAGAGAUCAGAACGGUUGUUAAGUCGGAAGGAGGGGUAACUUUUUCUGCGAUAGACAAGAUGGCGUUGACCAAAUCUGUGGUAUACGAAGCGUUAAGGAUAGAUCCACCGGUGCAAUUCCAGUAUGGGAAAGCGAAGGAAGAUCUGGUUAUACAGAGCCAUGAUGCGGCCUUUCGGGUCAAGAAAGGAGAAAUGAUGUUCGGGUAUCAACCAUUUGCGACUAAGGAUCCGAAGGUGUUUGAGAAUCCUGAGGAGUUUGUGGGAAGCAGGUUCGUUGGAGAGGGAGAGAAGCUGUUGAAGUACGUUUACUGGUCUAACGGCCGUGAGACGGAUAGUCCGGCGGUGGAUAACAAGCAGUGUCCGGCGAAGGAUUUUGUAGUUCUGGUAUCGAGGCUCAUGCUUAUAGAGUUCUUCCUCCGUUACGACACGUUUACUGUUGAAGUCGGGAAGUUGUUGCUGGGGGAGGCUGUGACUGUUAAGUCGUUGACGCCGGCGAAGAGUGCGUAGCUGUUAAGUUUAAAAAAGAAAAAGAAGUAGGGGAAAGACGUGGUUUUUUAUUUUUUAUUUUUUGGUGAAAGGGGAAAGUAGUGUUUUGAUUCUUAGUAUAUGGUCACGACUCACGAGAGUGGACAAUGUAACAAAGGUGACUUGGUCGUAGGUCACCAAAAGUGUUAUUAGUUUCCAAAAAUACCCACAGUGUUCUGAUUCUUUGUAGGCCAAGAUUUCGACACCUCUUUUCCAAUGUUCUUUGUAUUUGUCUAAGAAUGUCUAUACGUUAAUCUUUGCAAGAAGUUUUUUUCAUCAUGAAGAGUUAAAAUUGUAAUGGAUUUGGCUUGAUUUGGAGGUAA